AUGAAAAAAGCAAAAUAUAAUGAAAUAGUAAGAGAGGAAGAGGAAGCAAACAACUCAUCGAUGCCAUUUUCUGCUCUUCGCAAGGAUGUUGUCAAUGUUCUAAAUUUCAUGGAUAGGUUAAAGAAUGAAAAAGAUCAAAUAGCUGCUGACGUGGCCGAUCAAAUUGAAAAUCUGAAAUUUGUGCUUGCAUUUAUUUGUACGUACGUCCAGCUUUCUUAUUUCAAUUUGGAGAAGUUUGAAGAUACAAUGAAUGCUGCAAAAAGAGAGGUUAAAGAUCUGCUUCAAUCAAUUUUGGAUAAUGUUGACAACAACAACGGGUGUAAAUACAACUACAUGAAUCAUACACUUCCUAGCCUCGCCAAUAAUAUGGAUGAUUGUAUCGGCUCAUGUCAGCAUUCUAAAUCAAGUGCCAUCAUUACUGAGGAGCAGUUGAACUUCCUCCUUCUGAAUCUCCAUCAUAUAUCCAAGUUUCUUGCUGAAAAGGCUUAUCCAUAUGAGAUUAUUCAGAAUGUGUGUGGCAACAUGAGAGAUUUCCAUGGGUUGAUAGUGAAUGGUUGCGUUGAGCAAGAAAUUGUUGAAUAUGUCUUACCUCAGUUUCAACCUAUGGCUGAGAGAGUUGGACUCUUCCUUUGGGAUGAAACAAUUAGUGAAGACUCUCAAGUCUUCAAGCUAGCUCAUCUAUUCUUGAAGAUUUUUCCAAUCGAAUUGGAGGUGAUGCACAUAUGUUUUACAAAUUUGGAAACAUCAACUUCAGCAGAAGUUGAAUGCUUCAUUAAGAAGCUCCUGGAAACCUCUCCGGACAUGCUUAGGGAAUAUCUGAUUCAUCUACAAGAGCACAUGGUAAAUGUUACUACCACUAGUAUUUCAGGGGCUCGAAACAUUCAUAUCAUGAUAGAGUUCCUAUUAAUUAUUCUAUCUGAUAUGCCCAAGGACUUGAUUCAUCAUGACAAAUUAUUUGAUCUGUUGGCUCGUGUUGGAGCACUUACUAGGGAGGUAUCAACUCUUGUUUGGGACUUAAAAGACAAAUCAAGGAAUGAAGAGAGUGUCAAUGAAACAAAUCGUGCAACUCUAGACUUGUUGGAAAAUAUUGAACCCGUCAAGGAAGAUCUCAAACAUGUUUAUCUAAAAGCCCCGGACUCAUUUCAACGUUGCUUCCCCAUGAGUGAUGGACCACUCUUCAUGCAUCUGCUACACAAACACUUAAAUGAUUUGCUAAAUUCCAAUGCUUAUUCAAUUGCUUUGAUAAAGGAAGAAAUAGGGCUGGUGAAACAAGACCUAGAAUUCAUAAGAUCCUUUUUCGUGAAUGAUGAGCAAGAAUUGUAUAAAGAUCUGUGGGCACGUGUUUUUGAUGUGGCAUAUGAGGCAAAAGAUGUCAUUGAUUCAAUUAUUGUUCGAGACAAUGGUCUCUUACAUCUUAUUUUCUCACUUCCCAUUACAAUAAAAACAAUCAAGCUUAUCAAAGAAGACAUCUCCAAUUUACUUGAGAAGAUUCCCAAGAAUAGGAGCCUCAUUGUUGUAAACUCUCCCAAGAAGUCAGCUGAAAGCAAGUCAUUGACAACUGGUAAAAUAAUUGUAGGUUUUGAGGAGGAGACAAACUGGAUAAUUAGGAAGCUCACCAGUGGACUGGCAGAUCUAGAUGUCAUUUCGAUCACUGGAAUGCCGGGUUCGGAGUUAUUCUAUACGGUUGCAGAAACAUUUUCAGAGACUGGAACAUUUGCAGCACUACCAUUUUUAGACAUGGUUUGGGUAGAUAAAGAUAGCAAAAAGGGAUUUUUCAAGAUAGGAUGA